GGUAACUGUCGACAACUGCUCCAAAAGAAGCCUAAAAACAUUCACCACUUUCAGAAUUUCAGUCUUUUUUACCAGAAAAUGCUCUUUGUAUACAUCACUCUCUUUGUUAAUCAAUCAUGGCAAUCCAAAUUCGUUUAUGCACUCUCAUUUUCCCUGUGGGUUUCCUGUCCCUUUCAUCCCUCGCAUCAUCCUCAGAUAAACCACAAAUACCCAAUUUUGCUUUCAGUUGGUUAAAUGACAACAACACUUUCCAAGCUGGUGAUAUUGCAGCCAUUAAGAUUAUAGUUUUAGGAGAGUUUGAUAGUAAAGUAAAUGCUUCACUUGAUAGAAGUUCUUUCAGUCCUAUAUUGACAGUGAAUGGCAAGAAAGGGAACAGCUCCUUUGUUUCCGGGGUUUUCCUGGAUACUUCAGGGGAUACCAAUUCCUGGAGAAUUUUGUUCACUCCAAUCAGGGUUGGGGUCUUCAAUGUCCUUAUUAAUGAUGACCCUUUCAAAGUGUUUGAUUCAUCUCUCCAUUUCAAAGUUGUACCAGGGCGGAUUUAUCCAUCUGUCUGCACAGCUUCAUGGAUGGGUGUCCUGAAUGAGCUUGAAGCUGGGUUAAAAGCUGCUGUUUCUAUCAUUCCUAGAGAUGCAUUUGGCAAUAAUGUUUCAUCAGCUACAGAAGAAUUAAAACCUCAUAAUUUUACAUUGUCUGCACUUUAUGUAAAUGGCUCCCUUGCUUGUGUGCCAAACAUCAGCCAUAUAGGUUGGAAUGAGUUUGGUUAUAUUAAUAUUGAGUUUAUUGCAGCAAAAGCUGGAAACUUUUUAUUGCAUGUGAAAGGGGGCAAUCAAAGCUUGAGUGGCUCUCCACUUCCAUUAAAAGUGAAUCCAGGACCUCUAGAUGUUUCCAAUUGCCUGGCAAAGUGGAAGUUUGAGACAAACAUUUGGCAAAUAUUUUCCAAGAUGGAAAUUCUUAUACACCAACAAGAUCAAUACGGGAACCUUGUUUACGGGUUAUAUGAAUUUGAUGCUGAUAUCAUUGAAAAAGAGACAAAUCUAUCUAUACCAGUUGCAGAUUUGCAAUUUGAAGAAGUCUUGCCAGGAAUUCAGUUAUUCUCGUUCAGUCUACUGGAAUCAGGAAACUUCUUGCUCACUAUAUCUGAUGCGAAGCAUAACAGAAGCAUCAACAGUAUGCCAUUUCCUUAUACUGUGUUUAUAGGUUAUUGUGAUGGAUCAGCCAGCAUUGUUAAUGGGUCUGGUCUGAAUGAUUCAGUCGCUGGUGAAAUUGCACAGUUUUCACUUUACUUGGUUGAUGCUUUUCAAUAUCCGUCUUUUGUUGAAAUAGAAAGCAUUCAAGUGCAGAUAGUUAUGGAAAAUGAUUCUGUCCAUGUACAACCAAGCAUCCAUCCAAUCAUUAUCGGGAGUGGACUUGCUCAAGAACUAAGCUUCGGCCAAACAGAAAUUGCUCCUGCACCAUAUGUUUUUCUUAGCAACACUUCUGCUGGACACUCAAAAGUUCUGGCAAGUGCGUUUAAUGUGAUUUACAAGCCUGAGAAGAGUGGAAUUUAUGAAAUAUAUGUAUUUUGUGGAAACAUUUUACUGGGUGGCAGUCACUCAUUUAGAAAGGAAGUGAGAGCAGGAGAGGUUGAUGUAUCACUCUCAAAAGUUGUGAAUUCUGCUCCCAAGGUCCCAAAGCUGAGUGAAAAUGAAAUAAUGGUGCAACUGAUGGACAGUUUUUCUAAUCCUGUCAUGUCUCAACAGUCACUGCUGAACCUAGAGAUUGCUUCAGUUAACAGGUCUGGUUUUUCAACUGGGAUAUUUGUGGGUAACAAUGAUGGGUCAUAUACUUGUCCAUUUCUGGCUAAGGAUGUCGGCACCUAUGAAAUGUGUGUUUUAUUUGAUGGAAAGCGUUUAGCACCCUGCCCCUUUGGAGUCAAUGUGUACAGUGGUGAAUAUUUUCCUAAAGCCUAUGAUGAUAAAAUUGCUGUGUGGGAGGAUGAGUCUGUUGCUUUUGAUGUUUUAGCAAAUGACUACUUUGCUGGAAACAAUGCAAGUAUAAUUGAGUUCUCAAAACCAGGUCGUGGUUCACUUUUAAAGUACGGACAUUUGUUUAGAUACACUCCCUAUCAAGAUUAUUGGGGGAAUGACAGUUUUAUGUAUACAAUUGUGGAUGUAAAUCAAAAUCUUGCUUCUGCUGUUGUAAAUAUUUCUAUCCUCAAUAUCCCACCGCAGCUUAUUUCAUUUCCAAGUCUAUUGCAAGCAACUGAGGACAUGAUUAGCCCCAGAUAUGGUGGUUUCUCAGGGUUUGCAAUAAGAUAUUCUGAACCGAUGGAGAAAAUUGCUGUCACUAUAAGUGCAGACUCUGGGACACUGUUUUUAUCUCCGAUGCUGGUUCAGUUUGGGCAGCCCAUUUUGGAAGAAUUUUCUGUCACAAAAGAGGACGAUGAAGCAAAGAGUUUGAUCUUACAGGGCUCUGUAGAAGUAAUCAAUCUAGCCCUUCAAUCAAUUCAAUAUCUUGGCAAUGAUAAUUUCAGUGGUGAUGAUAUUGUUAGAGUUUCUGCCAGCAACACGAAUGGGAAAACUGAUGUGGACAUUCCAGUUUUUGUGGAACCUAUAAAUGAUCCUCCAUUUAUUAAUAUCCCAAAAUUUAUCAUAUUGAAUGGGGACGGGGACGAAUCACUGAUCUUUGACAAAGCUAGAGACAAGUUUGAGUUCUGUAUUGGAGAUCCAGAUUCUCUCAACUUUCCUGGCAGUGAGUCUCAUUUUAUAGUCACAUUCUCUGUGGAAGUAGAUGAUGGAUUUUUAGUAACCAGUCUAUCAGCUGAGCUCAUAAAUACAACUGAACUGAAGCUAAUGAAUAGUUAUCAGUGGCAACCACUUCAGACAUACGUUGCUAUAUCUAAACAUUUCAUGGUAAAAGCUAACGGCAUCAGAUUCCGAGGGAACAUUAAUGAUUGCAACUUUGUCAUGCAACAACUGUCAUAUCAUGGGGGAGAAAAUGGUGCUGUUUUAACAGUGAAAGUAAAUGACAUGGGUCACUACGGUUGUUAUUCAGACUGCACCGAAAGGAUUUCAAUGCCAUUGCAUGCUGAGGCUACUGUAAAUCUUAUAUGGAGAAGCCCAAUGAGUUCAUUGGCAGCUCAUACUCUUGGAUCAGCUGUCAUUCUUGAAUUCCUUGUGGUGCUUUCUCUUGGAGUAAUUCUUCUAUUCUUUACAUGCAAAUGUGCAAUUCUUCUGACAAAUGAAAGAUGCAGCAGAAACCUUCAGAACUCUCCGCAAUUUUGCAUGCAAAAUUUCCAAAAGGAAUCUUCAAAUACUGAUUUGUCUGAAGAAACAACUUCCUUCUCUGGGUGUUCAAGAAUUCUUUCACUUCAUAGUCAACUUGCUAUCUUUCGAGACUGCUGCCGCCGCCAUUUUGGAGUUGGCGAAACUUGCCAGGAUGUAAGUAGCCCCUCUCAAGCAAUCAGUGGCCAGAAUCUUGAAACUCUGCCUAGUUUUGUGCCACUUUCUAUAGAGAAGGGAAUACAUUGAAGUUUGAUCUGCCAUGUCCAAUUAGACCAUGUGAUGUAGACAGUAGAAGAAUUGAGAUAGACAUUAAAUUCAGAAUUGAAGCACAAUAAUAUUUAAGUGAUUCACUGUGAAAUUCUUUGUACUAAAAGGGUUGUCUAUUGAUAAAUAUUGAAGAGUCUAAAUA